GAAAUGGGAACAGGAGUAGGCUGUUUGCCCGGACCCUGCUCCACCAUUCAAUAAAACCACAGUUGAUCGGACAUUCCUAAUGUCCAUUUCCUGCCCUUUCCCUGUAACCCUCGAUUCCCCGACUGAUCAAGAAUUUAUCUCUCUCAGUCUCGAAUUCCAGAUGAGUGGAUUGUUUAAGUCAAGAUCCAGGCUGAUCCUGUUUUGACACCAUGGUUAGACACAGCAAACUACAGAAACAAGUCUUAAGCCUUUACAAACAAUUCCUCCGAGCUGCCCGGGAGAAACCAGGAUUUUUGCCUCUGGUUUGCAGUGAAUUUCGCAAAAACUGCCAAAUACCCAGGACUGACGUUAUGCACAUUGAGUAUCUAUUGCGAAGAGGGCAAAGGCAGUUAGAACUGCUCAGGAAUUCAAACACCAAGCAACUAGCAGCUUUCAGUAGAUUCAAUCAACAGAAGUUUGGGUCACAAAAGUUGAAAGACUUGCCGUGAUAGCAACAAGAGCUGGCCUUAAAAAUCAACAGUUGGAUUUUUGAAAUGUGUUUCCAUAAUAGUGCAAGAUUGUAAAUUAAAUGAGUUAAGCCACAGGAUGUAAAUACAAUGCAAUGAACUAGAUUGGAAUGGUCACACUAAUAAAUUAAUAAAAAUUUCAUGUGUGAGAA